CGGAGAGACCGGAGCUGAACGCAACACGUUAUUAGUGAACGACAGAGAGCGCACGGAAGAUCCGCUCCGGGGGAAACGGUGUUCGCGGACGGCUAGGCGGGCAUGUUUUCUAUCGUGAAACCUACUUAGAGUAUAAACUCGUUUAAAGACGCCACGACGCGUUUCCAGUGGCGUUUGCCUGCGUUUUAAGCACCGCGCGGAGAACCGAGCAGCGGGCGAGAGCGCGGAGCGCAGCGGGAGGAGAGUGCGCGCACACAGGGACACUCACGCGGGGCUCUACGCCCUGCCAGACAUGGCUGAUCGUCGGGGCGCAGGGGGGGUCUCCAGAAAGACGCUCGAUGCUCCCCACUGAAGAAGCAGAAGAUGAUGAUGAUGAUGAUGAGAAGCAGCUCUCCACAAUAAUGACCUAUCAUCCACUAAAGCCUCGAACAUGGAUGUGAUCAUCCCCUACACCAGUGAUAUGCCCUGUGGGUCACAGAAGAUGUGGUGGGCUUUCCUCGCCUCCUCCAUGGUCACCUUCUUCGGGGGUCUCUUCAUCAUCCUCCUGUGGAGGACCCUUAACUACCUGUGGAUGGUGUGCUGCCACUGCAAGGGUAAAAAGAAGGACGUGCAGCGGGUCAGUAACCCGGUGGUCCUCAGUGACGGUGUGGUUAAAGUGGUGGGUCAGCGGGAGGCGGAGGCGGCGGUCACCGAGGUGGGAUGGAUGACCUCAGUGAAGGACUGGGCCGGGGUCAUGAUCUCUGCUCAGACGCUCACAGGACGUGUGCUGGUGGUUCUUGUCUUUGCUCUGAGCAUCGGAGCCCUUGUGAUUUACUUCAUCGACUCCUCCAAACCCAUCGAAUCCUGUCAGCAAUUCCACAAGGACUACACUCUGCAGAUCGACAUGGCCUUCAAUGUGUUUUUCCUCUUGUAUUUUGGACUGCGCUUCAUCGCAGCCAAUGAUAAGCUGUGGUUCUGGCUGGAGGUGAAUUCGGUGGUGGAUUUCUUCACCGUGCCGCCUGUGUUUGUGUCCGUGUAUCUGAACAGGAGCUGGCUGGGACUGAGGUUCUUAAGAGCCUUGAGGCUGAUCCAGUUUUCAGAAAUAUUACAGUUUUUAAACAUCUUAAAAACAAGCAACUCCAUAAAGUUGGUGAAUCUGUGCUCAAUCUUUAUAAGCACAUGGCUGACGGCUGCGGGCUUCAUACAUUUGGUAGUCAAUCUGGAAAACUCAGGGGAUCCUUGGGAAACUUCCAGAAAUUCCCAACCGCUUUCCUACUGGGAGUGUGUGUACUUACUCAUGGUAACCAUGUCCACAGUGGGAUAUGGAGAUGUUUGUGCUAAAACAACCCUCGGACGCCUUUUCAUGGUCUUCUUCAUUCUCGGAGGAUUGGUCCUCAAUCAUUGUAUCCUUGACAACCAGAGCUGGAUUUUGCUUCAAUCCCAUCCAAACGUUCCCAGCUUCUGCUCGUCAUGA